GGGAAGAGAGGAAAUAUCCCUGGCUGACUGUGCCAAGGCGGUGUCUGAGCCAGCCCUCCCGGCCCGAGGGCAGGGCAGGUAGCCCUGAGAGAUAAGCCAAUCCCGGGGCUGCAGAUGAGGAGCUCUGAGAAGCGCUGCUCAGCGCAGCGGGAAGUCACUUCUCAGAGCUGCCCUGCAUGCUGGGCCUGGGAGCAGGCAGCCUCCCGGUGGGUGUGGGAGCCUCACUCCUCCAGGGUGCAGUCCACUGGCUUCCCACAUCUGCAGGAGCUGACGUGCCAGCUUCCCCCAGUACCACCCAGGGACGGGCAGCAUGAGCCGGUCGAGGCACCUGGGCAAAAUCCGGAAGCGUCUGGAAGAUGUCAAGAGCCAGUGGGUCCGGCCAGCCAAGGUUGACUUCAGUGACAAUGAGAGCGUCCGGCUGGCCACAGACGCCCUCUUGGAUGGGGGUCCUGAAGCCUACUGGCGAGCGCUCAGCCAGGAAGGUGAGGUGGACUUCCUGUCCUCAGUGGAGGCCCAGUACAUCCAGGCCCAGGUCAGGGAGCCCCCCUGCCCCCUAGAACCUCUGGGAGGGGCCGAGCCAGGCCUUAAGGCGCUGGACUCCAGCUCCCUGCAGUCAGGCACCUACUUCCCCGUGGCUUCGGAGGGCAGUGAGCCGGCCCUACUGCACAGCUGGGCCUCGGCCGAGAAGCCCUACCUGAAGGAAAAAUCCAGUGCUACUGUAUACUUCCAGACCGACAAGCACAACAACAUCAGAGACCUCAUCCGCCGCUGCAUCACCCGGACCAGCCAGGUGCUGGUCAUCCUGAUGGAUGUGUUCACGGAUGUGGAGAUCUUCUGUGACAUUCUAGAGGCAGCCAACAAGCGUGGGGUGUUCGUUUGUGUGCUCCUGGACCAGGGAGGUGUGAAGCUCUUCCAGGAAAUGUGUGACAAAGUCCAGAUCUCUGACAGUCACCUCAAGAACAUUUCCAUCCGAAGUGUGGAAGGAGAGGUGUACUGUGCCAAGUCAGGCAGGAAAUUCGCGGGCCAAAUCCUGGAGAAGUUCAUCAUCUCAGACUGGAGGUUCGUCCUGUCUGGAUCUUACAGCUUCACCUGGCUCUGCGGACACGUGCACCGAAACAUCCUCUCCAAGUUCACUGGCCAGGCGGUGGAGCUGUUUGACGAGGAGUUCCGCCACCUCUACGCCUCCUCCAAGCCCGUGAUGGGCCUGAGGUCCCCGCGGCUGGUCGCCCCAGCCCCGCCCCGAGCAGUCCCGGCCAAUGGCCGCCUCAGCAGCAGCAGCGGCUCUGCCGGUGACCGCACGUCCUCCAACCCCUUCAGCGGCGGCUCCGCGGGCAGCCACCCCCGGGCCCGAAGUGUGUCCGCGUCUCCAGGGCCCGGCAGCCCCGCGGCCCUGCACCCGCCUCCACCGCCCCGGUUCAAGCCGCACCACAGCCCCUGGGGGGCCCCGAGUCCCCAGGCCCACUUGUCCCCGCGGCCCCACGACGGCCCGCCCGCCGCAGUCUACAGCAACCUGGGCGCCUACAGGCCCCCGCGACUGCAGCUGGAGCAGCUGGGCCUGGUGCCGAGGCUGACCCCCGCCUGGAGGCCCUUCCUGCAGGCCUCCCCUCACUUCUGAGGUCCCUUCCCCCGCUGCCCUCCGCAGGCCCAGGCUGGGCACUCCGGGAGGCCCCAGGACCCACCUCUGCAGCGACGGGUGUUGAGCGCGCUUCCCUUUGAACAGGCACUCAAGGCCGGGCG